AUGAAUCACCGAGAGACACCGAGGAAACAGUUCAGAGCUUCAGAAUCCAAGGAGGUAAAAAUGCUGGACCAGUUGUUCAGAUUGAGUGAUGAUUGCUCCAAAAUCACCAUAACGGAUCUCCACUCUCCUCUCCCAGAUGACAUCAAUAAACUUUACAAAGCAAAGGAUCCAAACGAUGGUCAACAAGCACAGCUGGUAGUUCGGUCACGUCAGAAAUCACCAGCUGAUGGAGUUCGAAAGGCUGCUGAAGUGGAGCUUCCAAAGCAAAACGGUCAACAACCGGACUACGCAGCAUGGCUUCAGUUCGAUGAGCAUGGCAUGAUUCGUCCACACAGCAUCCUUGGUCAUUUGGAGGAUUUUCACAGUUAUCUGGAGACCAAAGGAGAGAAAAAUCUGGUACAGCAAAUACCAAAAUCUUCAGGUGAUCUAUCGGAGGCCACGAGGACUCAGCCUAACAACGUGGAGAGACGCUCACAGCAGAGGAACAUCCAGAGCAAUGCCCUGCAACGCUGGGAUAAACAUGUGAGACAUCGCAGACAGCAGCAGGAUGAGUUAUCUAACAUGCUCGAUAGGCCAGUGGGAUUCUUACUGAUGAACCAAGCCAACCAUUUCAGAGAAACUCAAGAGCAAAGGGAAAUUGUGAACCGAGUCAUGCCGCUCACCCACUCUGGAUAUGGUUACCGUGUGGGCAGUGAGUUUUGGAGUCUCCCGCAGCAUUAUGGAGAUGAGAUGAGUGGUAUUACAGCCACUCUGACUCAAACCGAGCGAGGCCAAAAAAAACCUGUGACACAUGUAGGACAGCCGAGCAGCAUACAGAAGGAACUGGGAGUCAUUUCUGCCGAGACGCAGCGUCCGGCUUCUCGGACUUGGAGUCGGAGUGCUUACCUUCAACACCAGUGCCAGGAACUUAAAGAUGUUCUCCAGGAUAUGGACAUCAAGAAGCCAGAUAUCAGCGAACUGGAGGUGAUUGGUUCUGGAAAGCUGUUCACGUCCACCACAGUGUGUCAGAGUCCAUUACUGGAGGAGGAGGAAGAAGAGAAGGAGCAUGAGGAGGUUAUAAAGGAGAACUUCAACCCUCUGGCAGAGCUGGAUGAUGUUCAGGUGAAGACUUUGUCUGUUCCUGCUUUGAGAAUUCAAGGUCAGCUUGCAAGCUGGACUGGAAACUCUACAGCUAGCAAGGCAGAAGUAGGAAUCAGCACCACAAUAUUCUUCGAGGCCCUGACUGGAGAAAUGAUCUCCUCUGACCUGGAGCUGCACAACGAGGGCAGCACAACCAUCUUUUACAGCUGGCAGAAGCUGACUGUGCCGCAGACCUUCCAACACCAGCUCUCACAAAAACCGAGUGUGCACUUCUACUUCAAUUUCUCCUCUGGUGUGAUCCGUCCUGGUGACACCCAGCGGGUGGAGUUCAAAUUUAAGUCAGAGGAUCCAGGACUCAAAACCGAGCUUUGGCAACUCAACACUUACCCUGUUGUGUUGCAAGGAGCCUCUAUUCAGGUCAGGUUGAGUGGAGUGGCCUUUAACCAGGUCAAAACUGCAGAUCAGAGGCUUUUCAUUGAGCACAAGUUGGAAAAGAAAAUUGUGGUAAAAAUGUGUCGAUCAACUGUGUAUGAGAUGCUGCAGAGGGUCCGUUCCCCUGAAAGACCCCGCACUCCUUCAGAGCUUUACGUCACUGAAGAGCGUCUGUUCCAGAUCAAAAACCCUAAGUUGCAGUAUCUUUAUGAGCCAGUAGAGGAGCUGAAGAGGAUUUGGCAAAAAGUGGAUCCAGGAGGCAGCUGGGAUUUUUCUAUUGACACUCUUCAGCAGGCUGUACUGUCGUUUGAGGAGCCCCCUUUAUCCCCCCUGACCAAAGAAGACUGCCUGGCUGAGAUCAACUCUCUGUUUCUGCAGCUUUCUAUGCCAUCAGAUGUAAAACACCAACCUUCAGCUACCUUUAUUGGGCAGCAGCUGUGGAGGAAACUGCUGAACACAAUGUCUGGUGAGGCCAUGAGGCUAAGAAAUGUGUUUGGCUUUUCGGAGAAAGAAAUGUGUGUUGAUGGAAAGCACGAAACGAUAAUCCCUGAUGAUGAUGACGAGAAAAAGGGAGCGGCAGCUGCUAAAGAGGAAAAGAAUGGGAUGAAAUCUAGAUUUAAAGGUGACACCAAGUCUCCAAUAACUGACAGUUCAGCGGAGGAGAUCAAAAGGAAAGGCAAAAGGAAGGAGGAUGCGGGGAGGCACUCCAGGGAAUGGCGCAGGAAGGGGUCUGCCUCACUGGUUGAAAUGAAUUCAGAAUCCAUCAGUCCACAGUCACCUGAUGACCAAAGCGUAGACCCAGAGAUGAUGCAAAUUUACACAAAGACCCUGCACAAAAAGGUUUAUGGUCUGAUGGAGGAGCUGGUGGACAACCUGUUUGACCUGAUGGAGGAGAUGAAGGUGGAAAAUGGACAGAAGCCAUCUGUUAACACACGACAGGCAGGCAGGGAUCUGAAUUUGUUGUCUAAUCAAUAA